AUCACUGCUGGGAUGUUUGAUUUUAUUCUUUUUCCUAAUCACUUUUUUUAUUUACAUCAUAACUCGGUGUCUUUUUACUAUUCUCCAUUUCCAGUUUAUUAAUUUUUAUAAGUAUUGUCACAAGUGUCUCAUUUACAAAAAUACCUCCACUGAUGUCAGAGGUUAGAAAUCUGUGGAUAUAAAAUUGUAUUACUAGUUCCAUUGUUGUAAGGAGAGUUCUGGUUUCAAGUCACGUAUUCAGUAUAAAACCUGGUCCUCUUUAGUUAAACACAACAUGCUCGCAGGAAUUGAAGAAAGGCACACAGGGAGAUCUUGUCAAGAGCUCAAGAGUUCUCUUCCUUUUUUUAGUUUAACAGCUAUCUGUGGAGUAUUCAGUAUUCACUCUUCUGCCUGUCACUGUCACAUACAGUAGACAAAAGAUAACAGAAUAUUUGCAUUAAAUAACCGGUACGCCUGAUGCUCUGUCAAGGCACACAAGAUUGUGUUUUUGGCAUCCAGAUGAUUAUUCAUGGAGAUGAAUAAUUUUAGUUCAGUUUAGACCUUAGUGUGUAGUCGUGCUUAUUCAAUUUUUACCCACAGAAACAAAAAAUAAUUCCACUAAAAUCAUGGCAUUUGUAUUUAACACGUAGCCACUUAAGAUGUCAAAAUGUUUUCCGUGACAAUAUAUGAGUUAGCGCGUUGGAAAAUGUCUAAAAAUUUCUCGUAGUGACUUCCUAAAGUUCACCGUGCCCCUGUUUUACUCGUGAAAGGCCAGUGUGACAGACUCUGACAUCUGUGUGAGUCCUGUCAUGUGUAACCUUCAUUAACUUCAAAGCAGGCAGGCCGCCGCCGUGUUAGACUGACGGCUGAUGCUAAUGAGCCAGAGCAGGCAAGCUGGGUAAGGAAGCAGUGCUGCGUGGUGCCUCAGUGGUAGUUGUCGAGGGAGAGGAAAGUGUUACUCAUUGCUUUGACAGGAGGUAAUGCUGGGAAUAUGGCAGCCCAGGAGUCACGUGUUUAUCUGAGGGAGGAUCAAACCUCCGAGGCGCGGAUGCUGAUGUCAGGACUUUCACUCCUGCUUGACUGACAACACGUUCGUUAGUUAAUACAUUUUUAAUCCAUACACUGUACACAUUUUUAGUAUUUUAUUAGUUUUUGUUAAAUAUUUACUGGCUGUGUAAAGUACUCAUUAGUGAGUGUACCUUUAAGUAAUUGUCAGUGCUGAAAUAUUUGUAAAUUAAAAAAUAUCCAAUAAUAUAUGGGAAGAAAAAGAAAAAAAAAUGCUAGCUAGAAUUUUUCUAGACAAUGCCCUUUAGUUCAUCACAUGCUCAUAAUAUCAUUACCAGUCCACUGCAACAUGAACCAAUUUCUUACGAGACAUCACUGUGCAUGUUCGGUUCAGUCAAGGUUAGAGAACAGUAUAGAACUUAGAAUUAUAUAUAUAUAUAAACAUAUUUAUAUAUUUAUAUAUGUCUGAUCAUUUUAUUUUUUUUAUUAUACAUACACAGAUUUGAAUUUUUUUUUUUAUUCUUAGAAAUCCCUUGGCGAAUAGGAACGCUGACUAACACAAACCAAACGUGUAGACGUACCUGAGACCAAGAAGUGUGUACAACCAUGUCCAACACAAAAAUGAGACACACACAUGCACACACUCGCAGCAGAAAUCCCCCAGGUGUCACCGCUGCUGACAGCACCUGUUAUUAGGAUCAGUUGACUUUUGCUUUGUUCUUUUCAUUGCACUUUGGUGAUGUUCUCAGUGUUAACCUUUCAAAAUGUCAGUGCAACCAGAAACACUUGUGUGUGUGUGUGUGUGUGUUGUGUGUUUAUUACUCAGUUCCAGUUUGUUUGCGAGGCCAUCCUGCGCGUCUACAAAGAGAAACAGGGCGGAUCUUCAGCACCUUAAGACCAAUCUACAGCCGGACCAGAAAAGACAAUCGUAACCGUUUGAGCCUCAACGUCAUAGAACCUCAGUGGAACCUCAGCUACGUCUGUGGACCGGUACACGGGCCGGGGCUGUGGACCAGAGCCUCAGUAGCUUCAGGAUAAAGUUGUGUGCGGUCCUAACCAGAGUCAGUGUGGGUGUCUGAAUUUGAAGCCUCAUCAGCCUUAGUUUUUGCUGAUUGUGCGUUAAGCUUGUAUGGACUGUGGCCUUCGUGGACACUGAAGUGCGCUGCUAACUCUUUGUCUUCGUGGCCACUCUGCAGCGUCGCCUUUACUCAUUAAGAUGUGUGCCUUAUGCCUUCCAGUCAGCGGACCAAACAGUAGAGCAGAGACGGAGCUGGAUCAUUGUAAAGUGUAAUUUGUCUGUUUUCAAGGAUACAGAGCAGGACUGGGCGUUAGAUCACCGCAGCACCUGCUCUAAGGUCAUGGUGGGGGCGCAUCACUGCAUGCCGUCCACCGGAGGAGCACCAAAACCCACUGUUCAUUACUCUUAAAUUAUUAAGCCACUAAAUAAACCUUGAUUUAUACUGAUGAGUCUGAGCCGUCAUUUCUCCUGAACAUCUGAGAAAAUUAUUUUUAUUUUUGUUGUUGUUUUGUUUUCACACUUCUCUGCAGAAUGAGGCUGCUCACUGUAGCGAGGACUAAUCUGCUUGUUUAACCUUCAGCUGAAUGACUCUGAAGCUGGCAUCAUAUUAACUAAUCUAUCUCAGCAUCACAAAUCAGCUCAGACACGUGUUGAAGGCAGUGUUAGAAUAAAAAAAACUUUAAACUAAUCAUUUGUUUUUACUGGUCCAUAAUAAAGAUUACUGGUUUGUUUUUUUGUUUUUUUUUAUUACUGUAGUUGUUUAAAGUCUUUUCUGUGGCAGCAAUAAAAUGAAAGUACUGGUUUAAUUCAAGAACUAGAGUAAAAUGUAUUAUCAAGGGUAACAAAGACAGAAGGACGACAACUCGGGGAAACUAAUAUGCUGUAUCUGUUAGGACAUUUUUCAGAAUAAAGGUAAAUGGCUGACACCAGGCUGAAAUUAAAUCUUCUGAUUGACUGAAACACACCAGUCUGCCAAUAACAACCUGGAGGAAGACGACACACGCUGGAAGACAAAAUUACUACUCUGGCCGUGGAGUUACAGUCCAUGUUUGAAAUAAAAGCAUAAAAAUAACAAUCUUCUAUUUUUAAUUUUUUUCCCCAGCAGACAGAUAUUUGGGUGGGUCAGUUUUUACGCUGCAAUACUGGAACUCAUUUGAAGCUGUCCCUCAAGAGCUAAAGGUCAGACUGUUGGUCUAUCAUCAAACAGUCUGUGAACAGAUUGGGCCCAGACUCCCAGGCAGAAAAAAGGAAGGUACUGAUGAUUAGACCCAGGACCUGGGACACCUGGGGAGUGUAUGCAUAUACAGUAUAUACACUCCCAAGGUACAGUAAAAAAUAGAAUAUAUAUAUAUAGAUACAUAUAUAUAUUCUUUUUUUUUAAUUUAUUAAAAACUGGGGGGUCUUCUGUAUACCCAUACCUACAACAACACAUGAGACACCAUGAUCUAACUUGUGACAAUACUAAUGUACAGCUCAUGGGUAUUUUCAGCCACGGUCAUGAUGCCUUAUUUUUGGUUAUUUCAUCUCAGUAGUUCCCUCAGCGGUCGACAGGUGUCACUGUUUCCCCUGAUCCUUUUUUGGCCAGUCGGCAAGAACAGAAGUUUGUUCAGCUUCUGUGUUUGUACGCAGGCGCAGUCCAUGCUGUUUGUCCAGUUUCGCUGGUUGACUUUUACCUGUGAGCAGGACUAGUUUCGGCUCCACGCUCCUAACAGGGAACCACCAUCUGGGGUUCUCUGGCUCCGUAUGCACAGGUGACAGCUGCCCCUUCCCCAGCCGCCUCACUCACUCCCGCUGCUGCGGAGAAGUCUGAAGGGAUUUCUCCGGGAUUUUUGAGUCGGUGCGCAACAGCGAGCGGAGCGGAGGCAGGUGUACGGCGGAGGGACAGGACAGGGGGAGGAGGGAGCGCGGUGUUUCCGUCACGCUGUCUUGACAGAGACACAGCCGACUCGCUGGUCGCAAAUCAACUGGUUGGCGGAUCCUCAGGAGCGGACGUCUGAGAGUUGAAUUAGUAUGCGGCCGGAGUCCCCGCUCUGCUGCUGCUGCCGCCGCCGACAUCCAGCCUGAGGACUGCGCGGCAGCCCUGAAGUCUCCGCCGUGCCUGCUGAGUGACUCCUCGCCCCAGGGAGGACGAGGAGGAGAAGGUGGAGGAGGCGGUCGCAAUAGAAACAGGCUCACCGCUGUGUGGAACACUCUUAACGGACACAAACCAGAGGACUUCCCCGCCCGGUGGAUCAGGAAGAUGAUGAGCUUUCUGCGCCGGACGUUCAGCCGCCGCUCUCGACUCCAGACCAGAGAAGGGGACGAGCGGGACGGUAAAGGGGGAGGAGGAGGUGCAGGAGGAGGAGUGUCAGGGAACCCCCUGCUCCUGGCCCAUCAACAGCAGGUUGUCCACGCUCCCGCCGUGGUCACCGGGGGAGCGCCGGUUCACAUCCCUGCGGCCGGGACAGCCAGGACCGCCAUCACCUGCCGCGUCCUGCUGCUGGACGGAUCGGAUGUGAACGUGGAUCUGCCUAGCAAAUCCAAAGGUCAGGACCUUUUUGACCAGAUCAUGUAUCACAUCGACCUGGUUGAGACAGACUACUUUGGAUUACAGUUCAUGGACACGGACCAAGUCUCUCACUGGCUGGACAUGUCCAAGCUCAUUAAGAAGCAGAUUCGGGAUGGACCUCCUUACAGACUCUUCUUCAGGGUGAAAUUUUACUCCUCGGAGCCCAAUAAUCUGCACGAAGAGUUCACCAGGUAUCUGUUUGUGCUGCAGCUGAGACAAGAUAUCCUGUCUGGAAAACUCAAAUGCCCUUAUGACGUCUCAGUAGAGCUGGCAGCCUACUGCCUACAGAGUGAACUGGGAGACUGUGAUCCACUGGAUCACUCUCCAGAGCUGGUGUCAGAGUUUCGUUUUACUCCCAAACAGUGCGAGACCAUGGAGGCGGACAUUUUCAACAAGUGGCGUGAACUAAGGGGCAAGAGCCCUUCGCAGGCAGAGAUUUCUUUUCUCAACAAAUGCAAGUGGCUGGAACUUUAUGGAGUUGAUAUGCACUUUGUCAAGGGCAGGGACGGGGGGGAGUACGCACUCGGUCUCACUCCGACUGGGAUCCUGGUGUUUGAAGGCGUCAACAAAAUCGGUCUCUUCUUUUGGCCCAAAAUCACCAGGCUGGAGUUUAAAAAGAGUCGUCUGACACUGGUGGUGGUGGAGGACGACGAUCAGGCCCGGGAGCAGGAGCAUACCUUCAUGUUCCAGCUGGCCAGCUCCAAGAGCUGCAAGCACCUGUGGAAGUGCGCUGUGGAGAGCCACGCCUUCUUCCGGCUCCGACAGCCAGCCACGGGCAAAGCCAGCCACAGCGACUUCACACGGCUCGGCUCUCGCUUCAGAUUCAGUGGUAAAACAGAAUACCAGGCCACUCACGGCGGCAGACUGAGGAGGACCAGCACAUUCGAGCGACGGCCGAGCAAACGAUACCCCUCCCGCGCCCAGUCGCUGAGCAAAGCUGCUAUUUCCCCAGCCAAACCACAUAUUAGCGCUCACGCCAGUCCUGAACCAAGCCUCCAUCCAUACCAGCACAACAUUCCUAUUGCCCACGACCAGUGGCUGUCGCCCCACCCUGCCCUCACCCCCCCGGUGUACCUGCAGCCAUCAGGACACCCACCCUCACACAGUUUCCCACUGAGUGGUCCGGCAUCAGAGCAGUUCAGUGUUGAGGAGAACGAGACUUCUUAUUCUGGAAAGAUCCACCACCAUCACCGACGACACACACACAGCCAGGGGACGCUGUGUCACGCACACGUCAAGAACAAACGUCAGGUUCCUCCCUGUCCCGCAGAUGCAGAUGAGUUUGACAUCCCGCACGCUCUCCUCAAAGCUCUGGAGUCGGACGGUGAUUCUCCCCCCUGGCCCUCCCUGCCCUCCCUUCACCUCAACAUCGACAACAAGGCCGAGGAGAAGCAGCUCUCCGAAAAGUCUCUGCACCCGCCUGUCUCUCCUGCACUUCUCCCUGAUCACCUUAAAUGCAACAUCCUGAAAGCCCAGAUGGAGGCAGCCUUCAGGAAGGAAGUUCAUAAAACACCGAGAGGGAAAAACUCAAAUGAGACCAUCAGUGACAGGCAUCAAAGCUCGUCCCAGGACUCUGCUGCCUCCAGCCUGACCGCAGAGAAGACGCCUCAGUGGCAGGAACACAAUCCGACCCCAGACAGAGGUCACCCUAAAGCCAUCCCGAGCUCCAACCGCAGGAAGCGGCUGGUCAGGCAGUUCAGCUUUAACCAUGAAGAUGAAGAUGAUCUCCCAGAAGCACUUGCAGCCAUCUCCUCGGAGUGCACUGGAAAAGCCGGCUCUAGCAGCUCACUGGACAAACAGAUACAGCCGUCCAUUUACCCACAGGUGGAUAAUAUGCCAGCCCUGGAGCUGGGUAGUCCCUGCUGCCCCUCUCCCUCACCUUCUCCUCACCUCUCUCCCUCCUACUACCGCAGCUCCAUUCCUCACCUGGUUCCUUACCUUGCCGCCCAUAACGACAGCGGAGAAGAGAUGAGGUUGGACAGAGAGAAGAUCCUCAGAGCCCUGCUGAUGACGGAGCUCUGAGACGCUGACCUCUAACCUUUCGGACAGAAAAGGCCGACAGUGAGGUGCCGGCGUCGCUGGCUUUAGUCCACGUUUGUACAUUGGCGUAGAUCAUUCACACUGACAAAUCUAUAUUUGCAUAAAGACAAUUGUAUCAUUUGCUACAUUGAUAUUUUAGACGGAUGGAUCUCUAUUUUUUGGCUGGGUGAGAAAGAACUAAACGGACUCAUUAGUAAAAGCAAACGCAGACAGACUUCGGUCGGACCAGCUGCUGCCUGCAUGAUGCAAAUGUGUUGCAAGAUGAAAAGUGUAAUGCGACGGUAUCAUCACUGUGUCGUCACGGACGUCUAAACUGUGUCCGAGACUGCGACUGUUCGAGCAUCGAGCUCCACACCGGGAACACCAACAGAACCAACACUGCUGAAUCAACUUCCAUAUCAGUUUGUUCACCAUGUAAAUAGAAAUAUUUAUCCACAUGCUAACGCUGGAGCCUCAGUCAGUGGAAAGGUCUGAUCUUUUCACUCUGAGCUCUGCCGUCAUCUGUCAUGACGAACCACCUGAGGCAUUUGGGGAGGAGGAAACUUCACAAACACAGUUACCUGAAAGAGACUUUCCCUGUGAAGAUACACAGAACAUGUAGCUUAUCCUGUUUUCCCCGCAGGGGGUGCUGUAACCACAGCAUCAAACACCUGCGUCAUGAAUUGAUGUGUGACUUUUAAGUUUCUUAGGAGUCUAACCAGGUAAAUUAUUGAAAUAUUGUCAAUAAUGACAAAAUACGUUUUUUUUUUUUGUUGUUUUUUGUGGAGACUGGUGAUUACGAUAACAAGGCAUUCUCUCCUGGUCUAACAUUGAAGAUACUGUGAUCCCGCAGCUUGUUCUUGAUUAAAAAUGAAGAAUUAAAGAUGACUGGUCAGAGUGAGUGCUAGAAUACAUAAUUUACGUUAGCUUUUUGUUUUCCACCUAUCGAGAACUCUAACAAAUGUUCCUUUAUUUCUUCACGAAGAGUAGAAUUCUACGGAGCCCCUGAAGAGACAUGGGGGGGAAAAAAACGUUCUUGUGCUAACCUGUAAGUUUCAGGUGAGAACCAGAAACAUUUAUUUAUUUAUUUAUUUAUCCCUAUGUCUCUUAAGGUGCUGCUGUAUGUAGAAUUUAUAUUUGAAUAAAUGCCUUACAUAAGCUUGACCCUGUUUUACAGGCCAGCACCAUUGGCUGUUAACACAAAAAUAAAUGUAAAAUUGUCCGGUGAAUGUGAAGCUUGCCCACUGGGGGGAGACAAAACCUGUAAUCUUGCAGGUUUUGAAAACACUGCUCCGUGUAACGAAUGUUGACUGAUUUUGAGCCGUACUGGAUCACGGUCGGUGUUUUCAUCUCGGGUCAAGUGGAACGAUAGUCUCACGUGUUCUUUCAUUUUAAAUGAGUUAUUGCCUGACGCAAUCCUGCUGCUCAACAAGUUUUAUCCCCAUUGUCUGAAGUACUUCGAUGUCAGCCGCGUUUUAUCUGCAGCUGUAAUGAAUGUGUUGAAUGAGUCGUCCCUGGAUCAUAAUAAAAGCCUCAUCACGGUCUCUGACAGAACCGUGGAAGCAUCUUUGGUCUCUGCACUGACAUGGGAAUGUGGCCCGGCCUCGCCCUGCGUGCCUGUGUGUGAAGUGUCAAAGCAGCCUUCACCCACCCUCUGAGGGAAUGCUAUUGAAUGUAAUAGAGAAUAUAACUGAUUUAUCUGCCUCCACAAACCUGUUACACUGCACUGUGUAUAGUA